AUGGAGAUCGGCCUGGGCCUGGGCCUGGCCUGGGGAAGUUCCGCGACGAGUGCGGCCAGCGCGGCCCUCGCGGCUUCCGGUACAGCUUGCCCGAUAUUCAUGCUGCCAGCAAUGGCUGGCGCAGCGGCGCUGACUUGGAUGCGAGUCUACGAACACUUCCUUUGGCAGCAGGUACUGCGAUCUGCAAGUUACAUAUUCCGACAUGUAUUUGCAUCCUCUGCGGUAAAUGGCAGUGGAAUCUGCUGA